CGACAGAGACUCGCGUGCGCAGGCUCAGAAGGGCGCGGAGCUCUGCUGAGUGUGUGCGACGCGGAGCUGCGGGAUCGGAUCGAGAUGGCAGAGGUGGAAGAGACCCUGAAGAGACUCCAGAGCCAGAAAGGAGUACAGGGAAUCAUCGUGGUGAACACUGAAGGCAUUCCCAUCAAGAGCACCAUGGACAAUCCCACCACCACUCAGUAUGCCAACCUCAUGCACAACUUCAUCCUGAAGGCACGAAGCACUGUGCGUGAAAUUGACCCUCAAAAUGACCUCACCUUCCUUCGGAUUCGCUCCAAGAAAAAUGAAAUUAUGGUCGCACCUGAUAAAGACUAUUUCUUGAUUGUGAUUCAGAAUCCAACUGAAUAAGCCAUCUUGGCUCCCUGUGUCAUUCCUUAACUUAAUGCCCCUAACAAUAUUAGUGUUACUCAUGUCAAUUGGCGGAGAUAGCCUUGGAGUCCCCCACAAUCAAUCAAGUGACCAGCGGCAGCUGGCAGCUUCCCCCAUCACAGGAGGAGCCCUCUGCUGCAGUCAGGUUCCUGGGCCGCGCUUCGCUCACUUCCGGGCUGUGGAGAAGAGCUUAGAGAAGCCCACACCCAGCUUCCUUCUGACCUGCAGUUCACCUUGUCACCUCAGAAAAGGCUGUUUUUCUUUAACUAAAAAUAGCUGAAACAUU